AUGAAGCUCGAAGGAGGUGACGAUCUCGAAGACGACUUUGUGCCCGAUGACCUUGUAGCUUUAUCAGAAGAUGAAGGUGAAGGUGCGCCUAUACAGGAUAAUGGUGAAUUUGUCGCUGGCGAAGGAAGCGAGGAUGAGGAGGUCCAGGAUUCCACCGAGUUGGUUACGCAGGCGGGUAAAAAGCGAAAGAGAAGAGAGAGGGAGAAGGAGAAAAAGGCGAAAAAAAGACGACUAGCUGAGAGUGCAGCCCCAGUUGACCUACCCUUGGCUGUCAAAGCACCCGAAGAAUUGGCUCAAUACAUGUCUUCAAUGCAACGAGGAAACUAA